UGUGUUAGGCCUUAGCAUCAUCCUCAAUGGCCCAGCAGCACUCUGCAUCUCAUGGCUUCGACUGUGAUGAGAAUGUUGUUAUCUAUGAUGAUUCUAGCUGUGACGCUCAGUUUCAAACACCCUUUCCGGCCCCAACACCCUUGGGUAUACCAGAAGUGAUCACAGUAGAGCAUGGUGCUGUGGCGGCAGAUCAUGACGUUUGUUCGAGAGUUGGUAGCGAUAUUCUUCAGAAAGGGGGCCACGCAGUUGAUGCAGCAGUGGCCACAGCCUUAUGCCUUGGUGUUUUUAGCCCAGCAUCGAGUGGCAUAGGUGGGGGAGCCUUCAUGUUGGUUAGAUCUGCUGCAUAUGAUUAUGUAGAUUGCUAUGACAUGCGAGAAACUGCUCCCGGAGCGGCAACAAGGAGGUCCCAUACCAUUUGCCGAGCACACUAAUGAAGCAUUUGUGAAAGGACCUGGUUUCUAUGCUGUCAAGCCUGCAUAUGUAGGAAUGCAGGCUGCCGAAUAAAACUAUUUUUAAGAUUGGUUUCAGGACUUAAUUUGUAAGUACAUGUAAUAUGUAGCAUGGAGACCGUUAGUUUCUAUUGUUUUUAGAUGGAACUUCUACUUGCAUCCAUCUUUAAAAUGGAUGCUUCACACUUUCUAGACCACAUAUGUAAACAU